AUGCCCAAGUCACACUUCUACGUCCGCCCGCUCGAGGAACGCGACAUCCCUUCAGUGCUGCGAAUAUGCAGGAGGACAUUAGCCAACGACCCUUUGACGACUUACAUAUGCGGCUCCGAGUCUGAUUCCGAGCCUUCCUCGCCCAUCGAUAGCGAUAUCAAGUCGACGUCCGAGUCUGCGGCGUCAUCAUCCCUCCUCCUCCGUAUAGACGCCUAUGUUACUCUGCUUUUGUCAUGGGCGAGGUCGAAGGGUGGUGCCGUCGACGUUGUGUGUACGCGUACCAGGGUGGAUUCAGAUGAGGAUGGUGAUGAGGAUGGUACGGAAGAGACGGAAGUCGUAGCCGGUGUGGCGGCGUGGUGUCCCUCGAAUCGGCGACUCGGAACUUUCUCCUGGAGAGGGUUGUGGAGUUGUCAGUGGGCGUCCCUGGAAGCGUUGGGUUUGCUUUAUCGACUUGGAGUGUACCCCGCCAAGCGCCUCUUGUUCGAUUACCCAGCUCAGAGCUCAGACUCGUGGAAAAGAGUCAUACACGUCGACCCCUCCCUCCGCCUCGCGUAUGAGACGUCCUGGUCUUUAGAACUCAUGGUGACUGACGUUGGGUACCACAAACGAGGCCUAGAAUCAAUGCUUCUUCAAGCCCACAAAGCUCGCUCGGCGGUCGGAGGAGGUCCAGGAGCACUCCUCCUCGAAGCUACAACCAUCUUCGAGAUGAAAUACUUUAGAGAACUUGGUUUUGAGUUGACCUUUUUGCAAUCGUCCUGUCUCGACUCUCCGAGGCUUGACGAACUAUUUGAUAGAUUCAAACUCGACCUCGCCGGCGGCAACUCGGAUGAACCGUAUAGUAGCAGCAGCGUUAAUGGACCCGCGGCGAAGAUUGAAAUCUUCUCCAUGAUGCAGCUGGCUCGAACAUAG